CCUCCUCUCUUCUUUCAUCACAUGCCACCCAUUCCCUACCAUAUUCCACCCACUUUGACCCCUUCCCCCUCCCCUCACAUCCUGGCAAGUCUUCAUCUGUCCCCACCCAUCCUCAACUCAUUUAUCUAUUAAAUGAUAUUAUUCUAGUGAAACAUAGAUUCAGAAAUACAAUUACGGAGGAAAACACAUUGCAUCGAAAUUUAGUACUUAAUACUUGGAGGCAAAGUUUUUAUAUUUUCAAAUAGAACCAACAUUUUUAAUGUGAAUAGUGUCAUAGAGUAAGCUAUCUUAUAACAAGAUGAAAAGUCAACUCCUAUUUAUUCAGGCGAGACAUAAAAAUGUGCUAGAUUGGAAUUUUAUCAUAUAUGUAAUCAUUUUUUACCAUAAAUAUUUUAAUGGACUUUAGAUUUUACAUGAACAAAUUUAUGCAUAUAUGUUACUGUAAAGAACAGCAUAACCAAGCUACUUAGACAUAGGUGUCCUCUUAGGCCCUAAGUAGGGCAUAUGAAGCAGUCAAUCCACUUGAACAUCCCUAGGUGCUCACAAAUCACCAAUGUUACAUUAAACGCUGGGCGCUUUUAGGCGUCGGAUUUGGCGCCCAACGCUUAGUCCUAGGCGGACGCCUAACAGGUUUCUGGGCGUUUUUUUUUCUUUCUUUGUUUAAGUGGUGAUCGAUGAGGUUUUGCUGAAGGUCGGAGGAGGUAGUGGAGGUGUUCAUAUUUGGAGGUUAAUAGAGUUUGGAGGACGUAUAGGCUACGACACAUAAAAUCAUAAUCAAGGCCUACAGGGUGCAAUCCACGUAAGCAGACAAUGCUCACCUAAACGCUCGUAAUAUCUAGGUGGGCAGCCUAAAUACCGCCUAGGCGCUAGGCGCUAGUUAGGCAGCCUAGGUACUGCCUAGGUCUAGGCGUACGCCUAAGCGGACUAGGCGGAGGUUUUUUAAAACAGUGCAAAUCACUUUAAAAAGGCAAUUUACUUGGUUAGAAUAUAGUUGGAUCUUACAACUUCAAAUCCAAUCCAUAAUGAUCCCUAAGGGGACGUAUAUCUUCUCUAGACUGAUGUGCAAUCUCAUAUGAAUUUCCUUCCGCUAUUCUGCCAUCCCUUUCUUUCAAAUUAUUGAUGUGAACUGAGUUGACAACAUUCCUUUCCACCACUAGCAAUGUCAUUUUCCUCUAAUUAUUCUCAUUAAUUUUGAUGUACGCUCUACUAUUUUUACUUAGGUUCCAACUCUCAUGUCAUGUCGUUGUUAAGCCCUCUUUCAUUUUUGCUCGUAUGGCAUGCAACCCUUGUUGCUUGUUUCCUUCUCUUCAUCUGUUGUUGCUCCAUUGUAAGGUCGUUAUUGUUCUAUAUUAAUUAUUAAGGGUGGAGGUUUCAACUCUCUUUACACACACAUAGGUCAUGUUCCCAUUUUAUUCUGACAUAUUUCUUAAGUAUGCCCAUGAUGCAUGUCUAUCUAUGCUUCUUAUCUAUAUCCACAUUACAAUUCCUUAAAUUUCCAUGAUAACUUGCAUACUCUUAUAAAGAAAAUAUAUUAAGCCUCCUCAAUGAAAAAAAUAUUGUAAGAAUGGUGCUUUUGGAAAAUGGCAAGUAAAUUGGUUUUCUCAAGCAAAAAUGUCUUUAUCUUAGAAUGCAGGCACUAAUUCCAAGAGGUUCAAUGCUUUGUUAUAAUGAAGCAUGUAUUUGACACUUGACCCAUGCUCAGAUGGAGUAUGCCCAUUGAAGAAAUACGGUAAGAAACUUCUUUCUAAUCAUAGUGUAAACUAGAAAACAAAGUCUUUGCAUAAGAAGAUUCUUCAACAUUUAUGCUAUACCUGUGUUCAUAUUAUUAUUAAUGAGAAAUUGAUAUGUAGAACAAUGAUACUUUUUCCUUGACAAUAGACUAUAGUAUAUCUAAUAGUAUUGUCAAAGUGCAAGGUGUAGAGCAACGGUAAAAGCCUUUAACGUGCCCAUUAAAGAUCCAAUGUGCAAGGUGUAGAUGAGACACUUGCCUAACUAAAGUAAGACGUAACUGCUACCACUCCAUAAAAUUUUGAACAUAAUGACAAUUUACACUUAAGAUCAACGCAAUACAUGUUGAUUAUUAAUACUAAAUUUAAAGAAACUCUUAUUCAGGUACAUAAUUUUCUUUCACAUAUACUUGAUAAUAACCUAUAAUUCUGGAAAACGGGUUUCUCAACCAAUGUUGAAACUAGAAAAAAAGUAGUGAUAAGAAAACAUGAAAAAAGUAUGAGAAAGAGAAUGGGAGGAUAAAAAAGGACGACAGGAGAAGAAAGAUAAGGCAGCCACCUAAUGAAGAAAUAAGAAGAAAAAAAACUCAUAAUAAAAAGAGGAAGAAAGAGAAAAGAAAAAGGGUAAAUGGCAUAAAAAUACCAUAAAAGUUUCCAUUAUGCAGCAGAUAAAUACCAUAAGUUAUAUUUUAUAGCAUUAAAAUACCAUAAGUUUUCAAGAAGUAGCACAUUGCUACCAUCUGUUAACAGAUUAAUGGAAUAUUCCAUAAAACAUGCCAAUCUGAUUGUCACAUGAAAAUUUUGAUUAGCAUUUAACGUUAAUGAUUGCAAUAUUUACUCUUUUACCUACCCCUCUCUAUAUUUAACUUUUUACAUACUUUUUUAAACCCUAAACCCCAAAAUCUCUCCCAUUCUCCUCAAAUUUGACCUCUAAAUCCCCAAACUCUAUCUUGAUCUUCCCCAUUUCAUCGCUGACAUCCCAAAUCAUUGCAGGCAAGCAUGAAGUCAACAUCCAGAGUUUCAAGUUCACGUUCGAAUUCAAGUUAUGGUGGAGCCAGUAGGAGACAAGGGUGUGUUAUUGUGGAACAAUUUUGUCACUGAAAACCAAUUCUUGAGUGAGGAAUUACCAAAUUAGGGAUGAAAGUCUUAGCCCUAACGAGAUCCCUUCUCCAAGGUCCAAAGUUUGGUGCAAUCCCUCUUCUUCUCCAUGAUCAGCCAAACCCCAACGAGAUCAAGUUUCUUAAAAUAAAGGUAUGGUUAAAAUUCUAAAGAAAUAAUGUUAAAAAUGGAGGGGUUGAGUGUACUUAUCGUUGUAAUUAUGCCAGGGGUAAUUUCAUCCAUCCAUCAGUUUUAUAACAUUGUUAGUGAGUUUUUAACAAGAUGGUAGCAAGGUGCUACUUUUCGACAACUUCUGGUAUUUUUAUCCGACAAAAUGCAACUUGUGAUAUUUAUCUGCUGCAUAAUGGAAACUUUAUGGUAUUUUUAUAUCAUUUACCCAAUGAAAAAUAAUGAAUAUUUUAAUAGUGUAGUAGAAAAUUAAGAAGUAGAAGAAGAAAAAAGAACAGAAACUAGAACCUAUCUUGUUUUCAGUAAAUGAAAUUUCCAUUAACCAAACUGAGCAUUUAAUUACAUUCAUAACCCGUCAUAUCCAGGAACAAAUUACAACUUACCAGUGUUCAAUCCAAAACUAAAAUUGAGCGGACUUUGGACAACUACAUACUCUAGCAAAUAUGUCCACCUUAACAUUUUUAACUAAAACAUUAACAUUCAAAGCACAAUGCUGAAACUAGAACCCACUUAGUAAUUAUUGUUGUCAUUCAAUCCAGAAUAAGCAGUUUGCGACUACAGAAUCAAUGUUUCAAAUAUAUCAGUAGUAAGAAUAAUAAAAAAAAUGGGAAAAUGAGAAAGAAGAAGAGGGAACAGACAAGCAAUUUGGGAAAGAAACAUAAUGAGGAAAAAAUGGCAAAAGAGUAUAUGAAAUAGAAGGAAUGAGAGGAUGCAGCAACAGUAGUAGAACAAGAAGGAACACUGAGAUGCACCAAGGCGUGAGGCACAAGGGAGAACAAGGAAAAAUGGAAAAAUGAGGUGUGCAUUUUGCUUACAUGAUGCCUCAGGUACCUUGUGCGAUGCAGCUAUAGAGUCCAAAGUGGCUGAUGCCCGAUGCAAUAACCUAGUGUGUCAAGAUGAGAAAAUGUCUACAUAAUUGAGCAACUACUUUUAUUGAGGAAAAGGGCAUUAUGUAGAAACUAAUUUACGUAGAUAGUUUCUCUAGUAAAAAGAAUAGAGCUCUAGCUGAUGAUCUUCACAAUAUUAUCCAUAUAUUCUACAACCACACGCUCUCUAGUAUCUUAUAUUUGACAGUAAGGAUUACCAAAUGUCAUGAUGUCACAUAAUCACAUCUAAUGUUGUCAUUACUUGGGAUAAUUGGACAACAUUAUGCUUCAAUCAAUUAGAAUGCUGAUAGCAACACAAUUUGGAGAUUGUAAAAGAAGCAUUUCAAACAUAGACAUGAAGUAGAAAAUGAAUCCUUUAAACUUGGAGAUUAUCUCUUCCCAUGGUUGCUUCUAAGGACAUUAAAAUUAUUCAAGCCCCUUAUGUGUAACCCUCCAGAACAUCCUGCUAUGUCAAGUAGUAGAAAUGUAAGAUACUGAUCUCUUUGAAUCUUCUUUCCUUUCAUAAGCAAUGGAGCUUCUCUCCAUUCUUCAAAAACUAGUAUGAGAUAGGAAAAGAAGUUUGUCGUAUUUAAGCCACAAAGAAAGCAUCACUAGUAAAACAAGGUAACUCAAAACCUUGACCAGUGAUAAUAGCGUUCUUGUAUAUUAUGCUCAACUGAUAUAACUACAUGCUCACAAGUGUUUUUCUUGACUAAUGUGAACUGUCAGAAUUAGUGUUAUUCUUGUAUAUUAUUCUCCAAAAACUAGUUUGAGAUAUUUACUGUCUCUACAGACCUUGCCUUCCCGUUCUUUUUUUUUUCCUUUUUCUUUUUCCCCCUUAGAUAAAAUAUAUAUGCUUUGAACCCUAAAUCACAUCUCAACAUAUUAUCUUUCUUUUUCAAUUAUCAAACAAACAUCCUUUAAUUAAUCAGAAUGUGGAUUAUUAAUGUUACUUGGAUUUUGUGAAAGGAAAUACUUUUGUAACUUGUACUUAGAAGCAGCUUCAUCAUAAUAACAUUGCUGACAUCUAAAGCUGAAUUUGUUGUUAUUAUUGUAGAGAGAGAAAAGUGAGAGAGAGACAGAGAGGUACUAUUCAGGAGCCAUACCAACCUAUUUAUAGAUGACAGGUUGAGUAGAGUACAAAAAGAUAUAGUAGUUACUACACAGGAACAAAACAAGCUAAACUAGUCUGAUACCUAUUCUAACAAUUUUCAUACGAUACAAUGUUCUAAAAAACGGAUUAUGCGGACUCUUACUUGCUCGUUCACUUGGAUGCAGACUGAAAAUGCUUAGGUUUUGGGAAAGUGCUCCAUUAUGCGGUCAUCCACUAACCGAGCAUUUUUUUAGCUAUGUGCUCGCAUAAAAAGCUUAUGCGUCUAUGCGGAUGCUUUUUUUCUUAAUAAACUAUUGGGAAAAACCCAUUAAAGUGAGACCUGACCCGCUUGAUCUCUUUUAACAAAAAGCACUAGCCUUAACCCAAUCUCUUCUCUAUCUCCUCUAAUUAUUCCCAAAACAUCCACUAGCGAGUCAUUGCAAGCAUGAAGUCAACAUCCAGAGGUUCUCCCUUGAUGUAGAAAAGAUCCAAUAUUACGCAGUUGCCUUAAGAAUAAAGCAUCACAAGUGAUUAACUGACUCAAUAAAAUGAUAAAGUUAAUUCUGUAUUUUUUUCCCUUCAUAAGAAAAGUUGUAUGAUUUAACUUGUGGUUGCAGACAUGAGUCAUGACUUAGAUAUUAGUAAACAGAGCCGGCCCUAGGGGUAGGCGGAAGAGGCCUUCGCCUAGGGCCCCAAAACAUAGGGGCCCCAAUGUAAUACUUCUAUACCUUUAGAUAGAUAUAGAUAUGGAAAAGUAAAAGGACUUUGUUUUCGUCUUCUACUAAGCGGUGGGAUAUUUUCAAAGAACAUGUUUUUGGUCUCACACUUAAGCCAUUAUCACAAACACGGUGGGAAAGUAAUGUUGAAAGUGUAAAAGCAGUAAGAUUUCAAGCUACAGAAAUAAGAGAUGCUUUAAUUCACUUGGCAAGUAUCGAUGGAGAUCCAAAAAUAAAAAAUAAAGAGUGAACCUGAGUCCUUAGCAACAAAUGAAAUGGAGAAUUUUGAGUUCUUAUUGGGUAUGAUUGUUUGGCACAAUUUAUUAUUUGCUGUUAAUUAUGUUAGCAAUUUUUUGCAAAAGGAAGACAUACAAAUUGAUAUUGCUAUAGAUCAAUUGAAUGGGCUUAUAUUAUUUUUUGAAAAGUACAGAGAAAAUGGAUUUAAGGAGGCCAUUACCGAAGCUAAAAAGAUUGCAUCUGAAAUGGAAAUUGAAGUUGUAUUUCGUGAAAAACGUAUCAUUCGCAGGAAGAGGCAAUUUGAUGAAAAUGCUACCGAAGAGACAAUAUUAUCUCCUGAAGAAUCAUUUAGAGUUAAAUACUUUCUAUAUAUAGUGGAUCAAGCUAUUUCUUCUCUUAAGAGUAGGUUUGAACAAUUUCGGCAUUAUGAAGAAGUCUUUGGAAAGAAACUUUUCAAAGUUAAAAUUGAUCAAAUCUUAUCUUCGAUCAACUAUGUCACAAGAAAGAUUGAAUGACUUAGCUUUAUUGUCAAUUGAGAAAAAUAUAGUGGAGAAACUUGAUUAUACAAGUUUAAUUAAUGAUUUUGCAUCUAAAAAUGCAAGAAGAGGUUUCAUAAAGUGAUAAUUCUAUUGGUUCAUUGAUCUUGUUUUGGGAAUGAGAGUGUUAGGGUGUGAUUUGUAGGCCUUUGGCCAGGGUGGGGUAGCUUAUUGUGUUUGAUUCUUGAGGUUAGUUAUAACAUCCCUUGGUAUGUAGGCAGCCCUAAAGUUACUUGGGUGUAACACUUUAUUUAAAAAAAAUCUUGAAUAUAGGAGGGCCCUUUUAGGAUUUUUGUUCAAGUUUUUGCCUAGGGCCCCCGAAUGCUCAGGAUCGGCCCUGUUAGUAAAGUCUUAACCAUUCCUAAUAGGAUAUGUAGUUGUAUCAGAAAAAUGUGACUUUUUCAUCAUUUUCUAUGAGGAAAAAUUUAUUGUAACAGAUGAUAACUCAUGAUAAUGGAAGUAUCACAUAAAUUAGUAAGUAACAUUGAGAGAAAGGUUUGAGAUCUCAGUACUGUUUUGAUUUUCAUUUUCCUCCAGGCUCCAUUGAUAUUGGUAUCAAGAGUUGCACCGGCUUUGGAAUUUCUUUAUCAGAAGAAUCAGUAAAUGGAAUAAGUUAACUUGAUCACAAACCUUCUAUGUAUUGAUUUCUUUUUUUAUUUUUCUCAGUAUAAAACUAUCAAAAUAUAAUUUGGUACUUGAAAUCUCAGAUUUCCUACAUUAGUCGCUAUCAGAAAAUAUCAGACUUAUAUUAAUUAUUAUUAACCCAAAUUAGUGGUAUCAAAAGGUUCCAGCUAGAUCAAAAAAUCAACAUGUUACGGUGGAUUAUACAUAUCAGUAUCGAUCAAUACUUAAAACCAUAAGUAAGUGAUGUCAGAUACACAAAGUUUAAUCGGGCUCUCAGGAUAAAAUAAGGUAUAUAAUAGUUUAACCCAUUUUUAAGAAGAAGAAUAGUGCCAUAUGAGAAACAAAAAGGGUGACUUCCAUCUUUCAUUAAAGAGAUAAUCGAAGGAGAUAGAUUUAGACUUAGUAAAUAACAAUGUAACUAGGGAUCAUGACUAUAAUAGAUGUUUGAAAAACUCAAAUAUCGAGAUCCACCCACACUGAUGAGUUUUUUCUCCUUUCUCACAACUUCUAAUCUAAGAGUACUUGCUUACCCACUGUGGAAAAAGUUAAUAUGGUCAUCGUUAACAGAAUUUGAUUGAAAGGUUGUGCAAAUGAGUCAAUAUGACUACAAAAAGCUGACGCUAAAAAGCGGCUAACAUGUUUAUCCACUCCAAGUUUCUCCCCCUCUUCUCCAAAAGUAUGAUGCAGAGAGGGGGAAGAGGGGUGGGAUAGUAACUUUGCUAUAUAAAUUAAAUAAAAAUGUUACUUAACACAAGAAUAUGCUUUCAAACCAGAGUUUAAAGCCACAAAU